AUGAGGACCACACCAUCGGUGCUAGGUACUUUUGUGUCAGCCAAAUAUGGUGAGUGGGCUCGACAGCCGGCUGACAUCAAAGGAGUCAAACGAUGGGCAGACUGGCAGCGACAUUGGUUGGAGAUGGUGCCUCUUAUUCGUUGGCGAGUGGGGCGAGGCGAGAUCAGUGCCUGGUACGACACUUGGCUAGAGGACACACCAUUGGCCUGUUUUACCACUUUCACAUCUUCUUGGCCUCGCUUGACGGUAGCCCAGCUUCUCCAAGGAGACACUCGUCUACUUAUUGAGAGGCAUGGACUACCGUCGGACUUGUUACCAGCCAUCACCAUGACUGAGAUGAGUUUUACUGAGGACCAACCCAUCUGGACACUUACCAUAGAUGGCAGUUUCUCUUGUAGCUCCUCUUGGGAGCACUUUAGAAACCGCUCCCCAAAGACAUUUUGGGGAAAUCUCAUAUGGCAUCCGGCCAUCACACCUCGUGUUUCGUUCUUCCUGUGGAAGUUCAUGCACCGAGGACUACCCACCGACGAUCGAGUGAUUGUCACCGAUCAGGAGGUGGAAAGGAAAUGUCAUUGUUGCUCCAUCACGACAGACGAAAGUAUGGAACAUUUAUUUUUCCAUAGUGAUAUCGCUGUCGAGUGUUGGCGUCAACUUCUAGCGAAUUGGCUUCCAAUGCUCUCGUACAGACCUACGAGACCACCACUAGAGGUCUUUAGGAGAGUCUUUGACUCACCGACGAGUGUCAAGGUUUGUCCUUUCAUCCGUAUCUCCAUAGCAUAUAUGUUAUGGGAAAUAUGGAAGGGACGUAACUCAUCUCGAUAUGCAGGCCAAGUGAUGCGUGCCACAGAGAUUAUGAGGCACGUAACACAAUGGCUUCGGAGUACUCAUUCCUUAGUGCCAAAUAAAACGAAACGCUCGCGUUCUGUUUGUGAGGCUUUUGGGCUUUGGGGACUCCAUAUCAUACCUACACAGACCUGGACUACUGUCCGAUCUGUUAGAUGGACACCACCGAGGGCUGGACAGUGGAAACUCAACGUCGACGGAGCAUCUCAAGGCAACCCAGGAUCAUCUGGAGGAGGCGGUAUCUUACGCGAUAGUACAGGAUGCAUUCUCUUUGCCUUUUCGAACUUUUAUAAUAUACAAACUAAUACUGUGGCAGAGGCUAUGGCAAUACGGGAUGGUUUGUUUCUUUGUGAGGAGCAAAAUAUUACUAACAUUGUCUUAGAAUCUGAUUUCAAAGUGUUAGUGGACAUGUUACGUGCAGACUCUUGUCCUCAUUGGAGGCUCAAGAAUAUCUGGGCAGACAUCAUGCGAUGUCGAGGACGCAUCACAACUAUUACGCAUCAAUUCCGAGAAGGGAAUCAGACAGCUGACGCCCUUGCUGCGCAUGGAGUCAGAUCGCGUCGGAGGACAGUCUUCUCUUUUUGGCAGGACAUGCCCCUGGAAGCCCGAGGUGCUCAUAGACUUGAGCGACUCGGCAUACCCUCUUUACGCAUACACCGCACUCCACUACCGGCCUCUCCACGACAGUGGCGUAUUGCUUGGAGGAGAUCAGGGGUGGUUACUAUUGGCCGCUGAAGACCACAAUGGAGAUACAGCACAACACGGACAACAAGGCACAUCGUAAUCCACUCGGGUACAUUACUUCCAAUCAUUACUCUCCUCAUAAUCACAUCACAUCUACUAUCUAUCAUGCUCAAGUAGUGAGGACAUAGAACUAUCAGCAUAUGUUGGCAUCGGCCCACUUUUGAACUAUAGGUCUAUAGCACAUCAGACCUGCCAAACUAGUUGUGAAUCGGCAACCUAGCACCUCUCUCAAGAUCUUAUUAGUACCAUCAGCCAGCUUGAACCCAUGAGAAGGUAAAGAUCUAUAUCCAUAGGAUUGACCCUCUCUCCUCUCUCUCUCUCUCGAUUCUCUAUUUCUUUCUCCCUCCCUUUCUCUCUCUAGGAAAAAAAAAAAAAAAAAAAAAAAAAGACAGCCUACUUCUUUUCCCGGAAUCACUAGCCCAUCAUAGACAAUUAGUGGAGGGUGAGGGAAAGGGCCCUAAAACCAAAAAAAAAAAAAAAAAAAAAAGGGCAACCUUUUUCCCUUCCCUUAAUCACUAGCCUAAUGUACACCAAAUAAUGGGCAUUAGUGGAGGGUAAAAGAAGAGGCCCUCAAGGAGAGAGAAAGAAGAGAGAGAGAAUAAGAGAAAAGAAAAGAGUUAGAACCAGAGACCAAGUCAUUCCUCGUGGGGUGAAAGGUCCCUUACCUACUUAGAGGAAGUACGGCAACUGAUGAUACUAACAAGAUCUUGGCCAGAGGGAUUAGGCGCGUGCAACACUAGCAAGGCAAGUUCAUAUUUGGGCUUAUUGUCAUGCUUCAGCAUAGUUCUAUCCUCCUCACUGCCCUAAUCACUCUUUUCUCACCACUUUAUAUCAAUUUAUUUAUCUCUUAGAAUCACUUACUGCAGCAAACUCUUGUCUUGCAGGAACAUUGCAUGGCGCACAACAUGGAGCUCUCGUCCUACUCCUGUUGAGCAGAUCUUCCAACUUUCAUGAACUCAAAGUUCAACCCAAUGCAAAUCAAUCACCUUCCUCAAAUAUGAUGAACGCCUUGGAGCCUAUCUCCAGUAUCAUCACAUCCCCUCUUCAAAAGAGGUCUUUCAUUCUUCAUGUCAUCCUCGCCCCUUGUGCGAAUGAGAUCCCACUUAUGUAACCUCGGAAUGAGGUCAAACUUUUAUCACUCAAUCAAAUUUCUUCUUCAAAAAAAAAAAAAAAAAAAAAAAAAAAAAAAAAAAAAAAAAAAAAAAAAAAAAAAAACCCUAAACCCUAAACCCUAACCCCCCUAAGUGGGAGAGUUGCCACCGGAUCCCAUAAGAACUCCGGAGUUAAGUGUGCUCGGGUGGGAGCAGUCACCGGAUGGGUGACCUCCCUGGGAAGUCCCAAGGUACGUGUGCAUGCGUUGCGAGACGCUUGCUGUGCAUGUGCUGAAAGGCACCGCUGCAUUAUCGUGCCGCCAGGCACGUGUUACGAACCCCUCCAACACCAUGCCAAGAUGCUUCGAGUUUCGAAGAACGUGCCGAGAGGCACCCCUGCCACCAUGCCGAGAGGCAUAUGUGGCAACCAUCUCACCAUGCCAAGAUGCCCCCAGCUCCGAAGAACGUGCCAAGAGGCACCCCUGCCACCAUGCCGAGAGGCAUAUGUGAAGUUCGGAUUGGUGAAGUGCUUGGGCAUGUGAAGUACCGGGAUUGGUGACCUCCCGAGAAGUUCGGCCCAAGACAGUUAUCCCAAAAAAAAACCCUAAACCCUAAACAUUUGGACACACUUGGACACACUUCAACAAAUUUACCAACAUUACUACAAGGCUGGAUUAUUUACCAACUAAAAAUUUACCAACAUUACUACAGCCGGGCCCACAAGCGGGUCGGAAGCUCAGUCAGGGAGUAGCCGCGAGCAGCGGCUCGAGCGGCUUGGACUGAUAGGGCCACGUGUGCGCCACUCCCCUUCCACGUCACCGGUGGCCAGCUGGCUGUAGAGCAAGGAGUGGUCGUACACGCGAGAGAAGGAACUUUGCUUAGAAACGUAACAUUACUAUAUAUUUGCCCAAAAAAUCAGCGCACAACUGAUGUGGGACUAAACCCGCGUCAUACCUUCCUCAGACGGGGUAGACAACCGGCGCGGGUUCGAAUCCUCCCAGAGUCAAAAUUCAUAUAUUUUUAUCUGAUUAUCGCGACUUUCCUGCAGAUCGCCGGUGAAGGAUUAAGCAACGAGAAUCGCUGGAUCAUCGGCGAAAAUCUCGUCAACGCGAUUCGCGGAGCAUUGCUACUAAAAUUGCUGAACGAUUCGCGAUAAAAGGAUCACGAAUCCAUCAAGUAAAUGAUCUCCGAUUGAUCGACGAACAAGCCGUCGUCGGGAAGAGGACGAUCCGCCAGGAGACGAGUCGCCACCUCCUGAGAGCGUACCAGAUGCGAUGAAGAGCCUCCUCUUGCUGAGCGGACCUGAGGAUGAAGCUCCCUGACACGCGCCCCACCUCCAUCCAGCUCCUCUCCGUCGGGUGA